AUGGAGAAACAAUCUGAACAAUUGAGGGACAUAUCAAGUAGAUAUGAACAUGACAAGAAAGUUUGGGUGGCUGCAGUCAAGGAACUAUCACACAGAAUAACGGUAUUGAAACCAGACCACUCUCAGCUCUCUCUUCAAGCACACCACUGUGCUAAUUCAGUUCCUGAUCUCAAUAACAUGGUUUCUGUAGUUCAAGCAUUGGGCGGGGAACACACAGGUGUUUUGCAGAUGACGUCCACCAAGCAAACACGAAACUUUGACCGUAUGGUUAACCAUGGUUGA